UGGGACGUUCUGGGAGUCACUGGCGGGCAGCAAGACGCGGCAGGAGGCACCGAGGCGUAAUGGGCGGUACCGGCAGCAUGUGGCGCACUGGGGAACACUGGGGCGCACUAGGAGGGGACGGCGGGAUACGGUGGAAGGCACCGCGGAGCACAGCGGGAGGCCGUCGGGGACAGCGGCGAGGGGCGAGAUGUGCUGGGAGGCACAAGGGCCGCCGGCGGCUACGGAAGCCCUACAGGCGGCCGGGAGGGAACCGGGACACCGGGUACGCUGCCUCCGCCGUCCCGCCGCCGGGGCCCGGCCCUCACCUGCUGCACCUGCCGGGCCAGGGCCACCAGGUCCCCGGGGUCCCCGAGGCGGGCGGCGCGGCCCGCACUGCCCUCCACCAGGGCCAGGCCCACGCCAUGGGGCUCCGCGCCACCCUCCGCCGCCAUUACCGGGCCGCUAAACCCCCCCUCUUCCGCCCGGCGAGGAGCGACUUCCGCCGUGGGGCGGGGCCAGGGGAGGUGCGGGCGCUGAUUGGUCGGCGGGCGGGGCGCGGCGGAGGGGCGGGGCGAGCCGCGCUCCGGUGCCCGGUUCGGGGCGCGGCGGCGGGGGCGCGCGCGGCCCCGGGCUCGGCCAUGGCGCUGCCCGCGCUGCUGUCACUGCCGCUGCAGCUGCUGCUGCUGCCGCCGCUGCUGCUUCUGUCGCGUGCCGCGACGCCACUGGAGUCGGUACCGGGGCCGGUACCGGGCGACCCCCCGCUGCCGGCCCAGUCCCCGGAUGCUCUGUUCGCCGCCGGUGCUGAGGCGUACACUCGGGGCGACUGGCCCACCGUGGUGCUGCAGAUGGAGCGGGCGCUGCGGGCCCGGGCGGCCGUGCGCUCCCGCUUGGUGCGGUGCCGCCUGCUCUGCGCCAACGGCACGGCCGGACCGGCGGAGGGCACCGGGCCCCAGCUCGAACCGGUGCUCCGGGACCUGCUUUUCUUCCGGGGGCUGCUGCGCCGCGCCGCCUGCUUGCGGGGCUGCGGGCCCGCUGCGCCCACCCGGUACCGCCUGGGCGACGAGCUGGAGCGCGAGUUCAGCAAGCGCAGUCCCUACAACUACCUGCAGGUCGCCUAUUUCAAGCUGAACCGGCCGGCAGCGGCGGCGGCAGCGGCUCACACUUUCUUCAUGGCCAACCCUGCGCACCAGGAGAUGAGGCAGAACCUGGAGUACUACCAAGCCAUGGCGGGUGUCCGCCAGGAGGACUUCACCGACCUGGAGGCCAAGCCCCACCUGAGCGAGUUUCGGCUGGGUGUCCGGUUUUACACGGAGGAGCAGCCGGCUGCCGCCAUCCUGCACCUGGAGAAGGCGCUGGAGGAGUAUUUUGUGGCAGACGCCGAAUGCCGCGCCCUCUGCGAGGGCCCCUACGACUACGAGGGCUACAACUACCUGGAGUACAACGCAGACCUUUUCCAGGCCAUCACAGAUCACUACAUGCAGGUGCUAAGCUGCAAGCAGGGCUGCGUCACGGAGUUGGCCUCACCGCCUGGUCAGGACAAGCCUUUGGAGGAUUUCCUACCCUCGCACUUCAACUACCUGCAGUUCGCCUACUACAACAAUGGGAAUUAUGAAAAAGCCAUUGAAUGUGCCAAAACAUACUUGCUCUUCUUUCCAAAUGACGAGGUGAUGAACCAGAAUUUGGCCUAUUACACCGCUGUCCUGGGGGAAAACCUGGCAGGACACAUCCGACCCCGAGAGGAGAUCCAGGCAUACCACCAGCGAAGCCUGAUGGAGAAGGAGCUGCUCUUCUUCAGCUACGAUGUCUUUGGCAUCCCCUUCGUGGACCCGGACACUUGGACACCCGAAGAGGUGAUACCAAAAAGGCUGCGAGAGAAACAAAAGGUGGAGCGGGAGACAGCAGCGCGCAUCUCCGAGGAGAUUGGCAACCUCAUGAAGGAGAUCGAGACGCUGGUGGAGGAGAAGGCCAAGGAGUCCGCCGAUAUGAGCAAGUUCAUCCGAGAAGGUGGCCCUUUGGUGUACGAAGGAGCCAGUGUCACCAUGAACUCCAAAGCUCUGAACGGCUCCCAGCGUGUCGUGGUGGACGGAGUCCUUUCUGCUGAGGAGUGCCGGGAGCUGCAGAGACUCACCAAUGCAGCUGCCUCGGCCGGGGAUGGCUAUCGUGGGAAGACAUCUCCUCACACCCCCAGUGAGACCUUCUACGGCGUGACCGUCCUCAAGGCUCUCAAGCUGGGCCAGGAGGGCAAGGUGCCCCUGCAGAGCGCCUACCUCUACUACAACGUGACGGAGAAGGUGCGGCACAUGAUGGAGUCCUACUUUCGCCUGGAGGUCCCGCUCCACUUCUCCUACAGCCACCUGGUAUGCCGCACGGCCAUCGAUGAGAAGCAAGAAGGCCGGAGUGACAACAGCCACGAGGUGCAUGUGGACAACUGCAUCCUCAACGCAGAGGCCCUGGUGUGCCUGAAGGAACCUCCAGCCUACACCUUCCGGGAUUACAGCGCCAUCCUCUACCUCAACGGGGACUUCGAAGGAGGAGCCUUCUACUUCACCGAGCUGGAUGCCAAGACCGAGACCGCGGAGGUCCAGCCACAGUGCGGUCGCGCCGUGGGCUUCUCCUCCGGCUUGGAGAACCCCCACGGGGUGAAAGCCGUCACCAAGGGCCAGCGCUGCGCCAUCGCCCUCUGGUUCACCCUGGACCCCCGGCACAGCGAGCGGGAGCGCGUGCAGGCAGACGACCUGGUGAAGAUGCUUUUCGGCGCAGAAGAGGGGGAUUUCCUGCAGGAGACGGAGCCGCAGCAGGACCCGCCGGCUGCCCUCGCGCUGGGGAAGGACGAGCUGUGACAUCCCAGAGCUGUGACAUCCCACAGGCACCGGGACAUCCCUGCCGGGACCAGCGAUGCUCAGGCUGGAUGGGACCCCCCUCUGCCCCCCGCCGGUGUGGGAAGGGGAUUUGGGGGAUGCCCUGCACCCCGCUGCAGAGCUGACCUGGGGGUAUCACAGGUGGAGCUGACCUGGGAGUA